GAGUGCUUUCUCCGGAGGCAUCGCUGGCUAACUACAAGAUCAUGACAGCACCGAGCCUUCAGGAGGAAGGAGAAGUGAUCAGCUCUGGGUAGGAGCUCUGACACAAGGAGUCCUGCAAACUUCAUCAUGACCGAGAAAACCCUGGAAAUGACCACCAGUUAUGAAUACGAUGACCUGGCCGAGAUGUGCGAACUGGGAGACAUCUUGGACUUCGGGAGAGUCUUCCUGCCGGUCCUCUACGCCCUGGUCUUUGCCUUCGGGCUGGUGGGAAACCUCCUGGUGGUCUUCGCCGUGACCAACGGAGGCAAGAAGAAGAGCAUCACGGACGUUUACCUCUUGAACCUGGCUUUCUCCGACCUGCUGUUGGUGAUCUCCCUCCCCUUUUGGAUCCACUACGUGGUCGGGGAGCAGGUCCUGGGCAACAUCUUGUGCAAAAGCGCCUCGGCCCUCUUCUUCAUCGGUUUCUUUGGGGGCAUGUUCUUCGUCACCGUCAUAAGCAUCGACCGCUUUCUGGCCAUCGUGCAGGCCGCCGGCUCCAUCCACAGCAGAACCGUCCAGCACGGCGUCAGCACCAGCUUCAGCGUCUGGACGGUGGCCAUCUUGGCAGCGGUCCCCCAGUUCAUGUACACCGAGCAGGUGGGGGACGAGUGCGUGGGCAACUACCCCGAGGUCCUCCAGCACAUGUGGCCGGUGCUUCGCAACCUGGAGGCCAAUCUCUUCGGUUUCCUCUUCCCAUUCCUCAUCAUGAGCUACUGCUACCUGAGGAUCCUCAAGACCUUACUCUUCUGUAACAACCGCAAGAAGGUGAGGGCGGCGAAACUGAUCUUGAUGGUAGUGGCUGUGUUUUUCCUCUUCUGGACCCCUUACAACAUCCUGGUCUUCCUGGAAACCCUCAACCACUUCAAAUUCUUUCCCAGCUGCACCCUGAAGAGACAUCUGAGGUUCGGCCUGAGCGUGACAGAGACGAUAGCCUUGAUUCACUGCUGCCUCAACCCCUUCAUCUACGCGUUCGCCGGCAAGAAAUUCAGGAGGUACCUCUACGUCCUCUAUGUGAAAUGCCGGGCGGUCUUCUGCGGCCUGGACCCCAGACUCAGGAUCCCCAAGGAGGAGGUUUCCUUGAGCAAACGGGAGAGUGUGAUAAGCAGCAAUUUCACCAGCUUCUCCUUUGAUCACGAACCCUCCGGCCUUCUCUGAGGGGUUUCCCAGACUCCCCUGCCUGGAGUCGGGCCCGCCUCCUUGGGAGUUUUGCGGACGGAAGGGGUUGAAUUGACUGAUCUUCGCACCUUGCAAAGUAGAGUGGAAUAUUUACGGCCUGGCUUUGACCCUCCAGAGGUAGCCCCAUCUCCCGGGCUGGAUAUUUCCAGGUGGACGGGGAUUGAACUGAGCCCACAGUGACUUCUGGGGUUGCUUUUCUGCCUCAAGCGAGGACGUUUUUGAAACCAGGUGGUUUGCUCGUGAAAUGGUCUGAGAGGUCUCCUGAGAGCCAGUAUGGACAGGAGUAGGAACUACUGAUGAGAAGCAGCAUGACAUAAUGGAAAGACCACAGGCCUGGGAGUCAGAGGACCCGGAUUCUCAACCCAUC